AGUGGCUGGAUUAAAACUCAAUUUUUGUACCACAAAGUGCAUCGUGACUGCAAUUCAUAGCAAACCAAUUCAUUUCUAAUUCAGUUGAAUUUUUUUAGCUUAAAACAAAAAUAAAGCAAACAGCUUUUUCAGGCAUCUCUCUUAAAAUGAGUUUUGACAAUUCCUGGCACCACAAGGAACAAUUUAGCUGGCCGAAGCAGUUUCCACUUUCCAUAAAUGGAAAGAGACAAUCGCCGAUCGACAUCCGAGAAUGUGACGCCGAGAAGGUUCUGCUGCCAAGGUUCAAACUCGAGUUAGUGGAAGGCGAUCGACAUGCCGAGUGGACUUUGACGAAUAACGGACACACGAUCUGUGUCGCGCCCCCUAGCGGUGUCAAAUGGCAAUUGUCUGGAAGCAUGUUGAAAGGCAAUUACAUUCUGGACCAUUUCCAUACUCACUGGGGAGAGGGAGGAGACUAUGGGUGUGAGCACUUGAUUGACGGCCAGAAGCAUUCCGGUGAGACUCAUUUUGUCUUCAAAUGGGCUCCAGGACAGGGAAAGGAAGUGGAAGAUGUUGCAGCAGUGUGGGGAAUCUUCAUGGACGAGGGUCCCGAAAGCGAUCCCGCAGCCGCAGAUGUCUUCGAUGAAGGUAUCGGAUGCUACAUCCACAAGGUGUUAAAGCCAGGAUCGGUGCAGAUUCCGGCUGUCAACUUCGGAUCUCUGGUUCCUCACGGGACCUCAGAGUACUUCGCAUACCAGGGAUCCCUGACUACCCCACCAUUCGCCGAAGUGGUUUUCCACAUCGUGUUCAAGGAUCCGAUUCGAGUUGCAAAGAAGUACAUGGAUCAGUUGCGUCGUCUGGGGGAUUUGAGAAAUGAGAAAACUGAGGCGAACUACCGAUGGAUUCAACCUCUAAAUGGACGCAAGAUUUUCUGGUCUUGUUGAAAAAUCGAAUACUAUUGAAAGACGAAUUUCCACUGCGAAAUGAAUAUGGACACAACUGAUAGCUUUAAUUUGCAAUAUUUGUUUCCCAAUAGACUUUCUUGUAUUAAUGCGUAGAGACUUAAAGUUUAUUAUUAUGGUGUUAAUUGGUUUGUAUGGUAGCCCAAAUUGUUUUUUUAGAA